UUCACGCUCGGUCUAUUCUUAUUAUGUCUAUGGUUUUGCCUAUCUAUACAUUCAUAACUCCAGGUUUGAGCGGCAAUUUUUCGUUUUUAAACAGUCGACAGCCCGCGAGGAACUGUCAAAAUAAUCAUUGCGUGUCAUAAGUGUUAUAAAUUGUAUAAUGAUGGUAAUUGACGUUUAAAUGCAAUGUGCCUGCUCGACAGUUCUUGGUGAAUUAAUAUGACAGCGCGCACGAUCCUACAAGUUUUCGAUCAGUACCAAAAGGCGCGGUUGUCCUUCGUGCAGUCUGUCGCGGAUCUAUCCUCGAAGCCGAACAAUAUCGACUGCCUGGAAGCAGCAGGUGCGAUAGACCUGUUACGUCCUUUAUUAGCAGAUGCUGUGCCGUCUGUUCAGCACAUGGCAGCGAUAACUUUAGGCAAGCUGGCGAAUCACAAUAGCAGACUUGCACACGCCGUUGUCAGGAGGGACGUAUUGUCACAGUUACUGAAGAACAUUGACAAACAAAAUAAAUUUUACAAGAAAGCGGCACUUUUCGUCCUACGAGCAAUAGCGAAGCACUCGCCGGAGUCGGCGUUAAUAGUAGUGCACAAUGACGGCUUGCAAAGUAUAGUCGAAUGCUUGGAAGAUUUCGAUCCCGGAGUGAAAGAGGCAGCUGCCUGGGCGCUCGGCUACAUUGCGAGGCAUAAUAAAAAUUUGGCUCAAGCAACGGUGGAUGCCGGUGCAGUAAUGCUUCUUGUAUUGUGCCUGCAAGCGCCCGAGUUGUACAUCAAGCAGAUUAGCGCGUCCGCUAUCAGCGACAUAAGUAAACACAGCACCGAACUCGCGCAAGCGGUGGUUGACGCCGGUGCAAUUUCCCUCCUCGCGAAAACCUUGGCCAAUGUUGAUCCCAAGGCAAAGCGGCAGGCGUUGUUAGCGCUGAGCAGCGUAGCGAAGCAUUCGGUGGAGUUGGCGGAGGCCGUGGUCGAGGCGGAGGUCUUCCCGGAUGUUCUGAUGCACAUGGCGCAUCCGGACGAGAAUGUCGGUAGGGUCGCAGCGAUCUUGACCAGGGAAGUCUGCAAACACACACUGGAAUUGGCGCAGCUCGUAGUAAACGCCGGAGGUAUCGCUGCCCUUAUCGAAUUGAUCAGGACGUCGAAAUCGGCGAGCAGGUUGCCGGCGAUCAUGGCGCUCGGCUACAUUGCCGGUCAUUCGGAUCAGCUAGCAGUAGCCGUGAUAGAAUCGAAAGGUGUCGUCCAAUUAGCGAUCGUCCUGCAAGAGGAAACGGAGGAUUGUAUCCUGGCGGUGACCGUGUGGGCGAUCGGGCAGAUUGGCAAGCACACUCCCGAGCACGCAAAAGCAGUCGCGGUCGCGAAUAUGCUGCCCAAGUUAUUGCAGCUGCACGACGCUUCGAAGAGCUCCGAAGAUCUCAAAACGAAGUGUAACACCGCGUUGAAGCAGAUCUUGCAAAAGUGCACGUACAUGGAGGCCCUGGAGCCAUUGCUGCAUAACGUACCUCCUAACAUCUUGAGGUACGUCCUGGGACAAUUUAGCAAGAUUCUGCCGAACGAUGCGAGAGCAAGGAGGCUGUUUGUGACGUCCGGUGGUUUGAAAAAGGUGCAAGAAAUUCAGGCUGAGCCCGGUACCACGCUCUACGAGUACAUCACGAUCAUCAAUUGCUGUUUCCCAGAGGAAAUCGUCAGGUACUAUUCGCCCGGUUACCCGGACAGUCUUCUGGAAGCGGUGGAGCAGUACCAACCGAAAUGCGUGUUUGUAUUUGGUCAUAGGUCAUCGUCCGACCGAACAGAUUCCAGUUUGUCGGCGUCGCUUUACAACGAUGAGGGAUGAUUCUAGAAUAUCACAUUCUGCGUUUUAUUUGUUUCGUUCGCAUAGUGAGGGGCAUUCGUGUCGUAGUUAAAAUUUUCUCUUCUUUCUGUAUGAUUAUAAUAAAGUUUUUAAUCAUUUAUCAGGA